CCAGACCUUCUCCAAAGGGCCGAAGAGGGACUGAGGCCACAACACCUGGAGGAGGGACGAAGUUGGCCCAGGCCUGUUUCCCUCACAGGUUGGCCUUCUAACACACACUGACCGAGAACAAGGAAAAACAACCACUUUCUCAACUCUCCUCCUUCCAAGGAGAUGGAGCAUGGCCUGGAGCCACGUGCGCCAUCGAGAAAAGGGUGCCUGAUGCAGAGGAAAUGUGAUUGUUGGCUGAAAAUUUUGGAAUAGAGCCUGUUCAGUUGAGAUAAGAGGGAGGAAGAGCAUCUUGGAUGCAAUUUGCCUCUUCAUCAAACAGUGGUUCUGACAUGGAGAGACCCAGCUCACCUGGACCUGAAGCAGGCAGGGUCCCUGGGAGCAGUGGGAAAUUCUGGGAAAGACCUACGGAGACGUUCCUGAAUGCAUACAUACAGCACCAGAGCUUCAGGCAGUCGUUCUACCGAGAGAGUGAGGGACCCAGAGACGUUUGCAGCUGCCUCCAUGAUAUUUGCCGCCAGUGGCUGAAGCCAGAGCAACACACCAAGGUUGAGAUGCUGGACCUGGUGAUCCUGGAACAGUUCCUGAGCCUCUUGCCCCCAGAGAUGGGGAGCUGGGUCCAAGAGUGUGGGGCAGAGACAUGUUCCCAGGCGGUGGCCCUGGCGGAAGGCUUCCUCCUGAGUCAGGCAGAGGACAAGAGGCAGGAAGAACAGACCCAAAUAAACUGUACUGAGGUCCAGCCUGAUGUCCCUGCAUCAGAGAAAUCUCCAUCAGACACCGCCCAGAGCUUCCAGCAGAAAGAGUUCAAGCAGGAAGAUGGGACUACAGCCUUGGAGGGGGCUGGAAUGAUGUUGUUGCCGAAUCCUCAGUCGUUUCUUCCCCUUUGUGAUGGAGUGGAACUGAAUCAGGGCCCAAUAGCCUUUGAGGACGUGGCUGUCCAUUUCUCCCUGGAGGAGUGGGUUCUUCUGAACCCUGAUCAGAAAGCCCUGCACGUGCAGAUCAUGGAGGAGAUUCAUGGGAUUGUGGACUCUCUUGAGUUCUUUCCCUUGAAAGAAGAGGGAGGAAAAACAUCUUGGAUUCAGUUUGGUUCUCCAUCAGGCAGUGGUUACAAGAUGGAGAGACCAAACUUACCUGGACCUGAAGCAGGCAGUGUCCCCGGGAGUAGUGGGGAAUUCUGGGAAAGAACUACGCAGAUGUUCCUGAAUACGCACAUACAGCGCCAGCGCUUCAGGCAGUCCUCCUACCAAGAGGGCGAGGGGCCCAGAGAGGUUUGCAGCCGCCUCCACGAUCUCUGCCGCCAGUGGCUGAAGCCAGAGCAACACACCAAGGCUGAGAUGCUGGACCUGGUGAUCCUGGAGCAGUUCCUGAGCCUCCUGCCCCCAGAGAUGGGGAGCUGGGUCCGAGAGUGUGGGGCAGAGACCUCUUCCCAGGCGGUGGCCCUGGCGGAAGGCUUCCUCCUGAGUCGGGAAGAGGAAAAGAGGCAGGAAGAACAGGCCCAAAAUAACUGCAUUGAAGUCCAGUCUAACGUCCCUGCAUCAGAGAAAUCUCCAUCAAACACCACCCAGAGUCUCAGGCAGAAGAAGCUGAAGAAGGAAGGAGACGGGGCUGUAGCCUUGCAGGGGGCUGGAAUGAUGUUGUUGCCGAAUCCUCAAUCGUUUCUUUCUGUUUGUGAUGGAGUGGAACUGAAUCAGGGCCCAUUCGCCUUUGAGGACGUGGCUGUCCAUUUCUCCCUGGAGGAGUGGGCUCUUCUGAAUCCUGAUCAGAAAGUCUUGCAUGUGCAGAUCAUGGAGGAGAUUCAUGGGAUUGUGGACUCUCUUGCAGACAACUGGAAGAAGAGAAAUGUAUGCGCCAAACGCAGGAAACAUUUGGGAUACAAUGGUGACCUCCCAGAAACCCAACAAACCCACACAGAAGAUGGAGAUUCUGCCAGAGAAAGGCCUUUCAAAUGCAAUGGAUGUGGGCAGUGUUUUACCCAAAAUGUGGCACUUGUGCUUCACAAGACACUCCAUGCUGGGAAAAGCCAACUUAAAUGGAAAAGUUCACAAUUGGGGAAACAUGAGAGAUUUCACACAGAACAGGAACCAUACAAAUGCCAGGAGUGUGGGAAAGGUUUUGCUUCUAGUUCAGAAUUGCUGAGGCACAAAAGACUCCACACAGGAGAGAAGCCAUACCAGUGCCAGGAGUGUGAGAAAUGUUUUGCUACCCGUUCACACUUGGUGAGGCACAAAAGACUCCACACAGGAGAGAAACCAUACCAAUGCCAGGAGUGUGGGAAAUGUUUUGUUGACACUUCAGCUUUGGCGAGCCACAAAAGAGUCCACACAGGAGAGAAGCCAUUCCAAUGUCAGGAGUGCCGGAUAUGUUUUGCUUACAGUUCAGAUUUGGUGAGACACAAAAGACUCCACACAGGAGUGAAGCCAUACCAAUGCCAAGAGUGUGGGGAAUGUUUUGUUUACAGUUCACAAUUUGCGAGCCACAAAAGGGUCCACAUAGGAGAGAAGCCAUACCAAUGCCAAGAGUAUGGGAAAUGUUUUGCUACCAGUUCAACCUUGGUGAGCCAUAAAAGACGUCACACAGGAGAGAAGCCAUUCCAAUGCCAGGAGCGUGGGAAGCGUUUUGCUUACAGUUCAGGCUUGGUGAGGCACAAAAGACUCCACAAAGGAGAGAAGCCAUACCAGUGCCAGGAGUGUGAGAAAUGUUUUGCUUCCCCUUCAGGGUUGAUGAAACACAAAAGAGUCCACAAAGGAGAGAAGCCAUACCAGUGCAAGGGGUGUGAGAAAUGUUUUGCUUCCCCUUCAGAGUUGAUGAAACACAAAAGGCUUCACACAAGAGAGAAGCCAGAACAAUGCCAGGAGUGUGGGAAAUGUUUUGCUUCCAGUUCAGAAUUGGUAAGGCAUGAAAGACUCCACACAGGAGAGAAACCAUACCAAUGCCUAGAGUGUGGGAAAUGUUUUGCUCACAGUUCAAACUUGGUGUGCCACAAAAGACUCCACACAGGAGAGAAGCCAUACCAAUGCCAGGAGUGUGGGAAAUGUUUUCGUCGCAGUUCAAACUUGGUGUGCCACAAAAGACUCCACACAGGAGAGAAGCCAUUCCAAUGCCAGGAGUGUGAGAAAUGUUUUACUUACAGUUCGGACUUGGUGAGGCACAAACGACUCCACACAGGAGAAAAGCCAUACCAAUGUCAGGAGUGUGGGAAAUGUUUUGUUUCCAGUUCAGCUUUUGUGAGCCACAAAAGACUUCACACAGGAGAAAAGCCAUACCAAUGCCAGGAGUGUGGGAAAAGUUUUGCUGACAGUUCAACUUUGGUGAGCCACAAAAGACUUCACACAGGAGAAAAGCCAUACCAAUGCCAGGAGUGUGGGAAGUGUUUUACUUACAGUUCACAACUGAUGAGGCACAAAAGACUCCACACAGGAGAGAAGCUAUUCCAAUGCCAGGAGUGUGAGAAAUGUUUCUCUUCCCAUUCACACUUGGUGAGGCACAAAAGACUCCACACAGGAGAGAAGCCAUACCAAUGUCAGGAGUGUGGGGAAUGUUUUGUUUACAGUUCACAAUUUGCAAGCCACAACAGGAUCCACACAGGAGAGAAGCCAUAUCAAUGCCAGGAGUGUUGGAAAUGUUUUGCUCGCAGUUCAAACUUGGUGAGCCACAGAAGGCUCCACACAGGAGAGAAGCCAUACCAAUGCCAGGAGUGUGGGAAAUGUUUUGUUGACAGUUCAUAUUUGGUGAUCCACAAAAGAGUCCACACAGGAGAGAAGCCAUACCAAUGCCAGGAGUGUGGGAAAUGUUUUGCUUACAGUUCAGAUUUGGUGAGACACAAAAGAAUCCACACAGGAGAGAAGCCAUACCAAUGCCAGGAGUGUGGGAAAUAUUUUGUUGACAGUUCAGCCUUGGCAAGCCAUAAAAAGGUCCACACAGGAGAGAAGCCAUACCAAUGCCAGGAGUGUGGGAAAUGUUUUGCUCACAGUUCAGAUUUGGUGAGGCACAAAAGACUCCACACAGGAGAGAAGCCAUACCAAUGCCAGGAGUGUAGGAAAUGUUUUGCUUCCCGUUCAGACUUGGUGAAACACAAAAGACUCCACACAGGAGAGAAGCCAUACCGGUGCCAGGAGUGUGGGAAAUGUUUUACUUGCAGUUCAAAUUUACUGAACCACAAAAGAUUCCACACAGGAGAGAAGCCAUACCAAUGCCAGGAGUGUGGGAAAUGUUUUGUUCUCAGUUCAGCUUUGGCAAGCCACAAAAGAGUUCACAUAGGAGAGAAGCCAUUCCAAUGCCAGGAGUGUGGGAAGUGUUUUGUUUACAGUUCAGAAUUGGUGAGGCACAAAAGACUCCACACAGGAGAGAAGCCAUACCAGUGCCAGGAGUGUGAGAAAUGUUUUGUUUCCCGUUCAAACUUGGUGAAACACAAAAGACUCCACACAGGAGAGAAGCCAUACCAAUGCCAGAAGUGUGGAAAGUGUUUUGUUUCCAGUUCAGAAUUGGUGAGGCACAAAAGACUCCACACAGGAGAGAAAUCAUACCAGUGCCAGGAGUGUGGGAAACGUUUUGCUCGCAGUGAACACUUGGUGAGCCACAAAAGACUCCACACAGGAGAGAAGCCAUAUCAGUGCCAGGAGUGUGGGAAAUCUUUUGCUCAGAGUUCUACCUUGGUGAGGCACAAGAGACUCCACACAUGAAAGAAGGUGGGAUACCAAUGCCAGAAGCAUGGGAAACGUUUUGCUCACAGUUCAAACUUGGUAAUCCACUAAAGAUCCCACACAGGAGGGAAGCCAUACCAAUGCCAGGCGUGUGGGGAAUAUUAUUUACGGCUGCCAACAUUGCAUCUGCAAAGAACCGCCACGGGAGCUGUUCCGGAUGGUCAAGUGACUCCUUCAACACUAUUCUCGAGCGGAGUCCCCUGGCUGCCCAGCAGUUCAGUGUGAAGAAUUUGUAAGGUUCUUUGUAAGGUUGGAGUUAUCUUAACUUGUUCAGUCUAAGGAUGUGGACAGGAUCCUGGGAGAAGAGAGGCCCACCACAUGCGUUCUAGAUCCAUGCCCUUCUUGGCUUAUCCUACAGGUGAGUUGUUGACUGGGUGAAGAGGGUGACUAAUGCUUCCCUUCAUGAAGGCAUAUUCCCAUCUGACCUAAAAAUGGCAGUGGUGAACCCACUACUCAACAAAUCAUCACUAGACUCCCCUUUUUGGGCAAGGUUCUGGAGCAAGUGGUGGUCUUGCAACUCUGGGGAUUUCUGGAUGACAUGGAUUAUCUGGAUCCAUUUCAUUCCGGCCAUGGAACAGACAGCUUUGGUCACCUUGAUAGAUGAUCUACGUAGAGAACUUGACGGGGAGUGUGUCCCUGUUGGUUCUCUUGGACUUCUCAAGGAUCCCUCUUGUCAUGUUUUUAAAAGCUACUGUUCUAUGCAUAUACAUUUUUGUACUGUCUUUUAUAUAAUGUUGUGGCACUCUGGGUCCCAUUUAGGGAGAAAAGUGGGAUAUAAAUAAAGAUUGUAUAUUACUAUAAUGAAUGAUAUAUCAUUCAUACCUUUUGAACUAUAGCAGACUACAUACAGGAGAGAAAUCAUCCAAGAGCUGUGACAAAACUAAUAAAAUAAGUAAUCACUUAUUGUGAUGGUGAACCGGCUGGAACUGGUUUUUGCCCUGCUGUACAAUAUAAUCCAGCAAAAAUUUUAAAUUGUGUAUUUUAUUAUGAUAUUGUUUGCUAUGUUUUUUGAUAUUGUUGGUUAUGUAUUAUGGAAUUUUUUUGUUUGUUUUGGGCUUGUAUUGUGACUUAUUUUCUGUAAGCAUCCUCAAGUCCUGUUUGGAGAAGGGAUGGGAUAUAAAUAAAGGUUAUUAUUGUUGUUGCUAUUA